GUUUUAGAAAAUGAGGCUCAAGUCUUUGAUCGCUCAAUUGCAGUAAAAAAUUUAAUUACUAAUCGUCAAUUUUGGAUUGAUGCAGAGCAAUUGCGGAAUAUCCUUGGCCCGGUAAAACGGGCCGUAAAAGAUGUGGAGUUUCGAACAACUUUGUUAGCAGAUGUAUUCGUUGAACUUGUAAAAAUGGCGAUCACGAUUCAAGAAACCUCUGUGUUGUACAAUAACCAGUUUCGGCGUGAUUGCAUUUCUAUUUACAAUAAGCGUUGGAAUGAAUUUGAUACAGAUUUAUAUCUCUUGUCUUUUUUUUUGCACCCAGCUUAUCGCGGUAAUUUUCUUGAACCCGGAAUAUAUAAAAAACAUGUUCAAAAAAAAGCAUUAGAAAUAUGGAAGCAACUAGGUGGUGGUGAUAUAAGCGCAGAUUUUCUAAAAGCCCAAAUGAAUUUAUACAAAAACAAAAAACAUCCCUUCGAUGAUGAAUUCGUCGCAUCAGUUGAUACAGUUACUAAUUGGUGGAUGUCCAUAGAUCUUAAGAAUAAUGAAGAACAUAUCAAGCGCCUUGCUAUGAAGCUACAUUCUAUCUCCCCUCAUAAUGCUGCAUUGAGCCUUGACCGUCUUGAGAUUAUGGCCCAGAUGCAUUCAUAUCUAGUUGAAAAUGUUGGGUCGGAACUUAAUUAUAUAGAACAAGAUUUUCGUCAAGAAGAUUUUCUAGCGAUUUUUAACAAAAUUGCAAGCUCUAUGGAAGAUGGAUCUGAUCUGUUUAGUGAGGAAGAAUCGUUUUCUUAUCUUGAAGAACUUUCAGAACAAAUGGAAGAGGACGUGGAAGAGCUUUCAGAAUUGGAUGACUUAGUGGGAGAGAAUUCGACAAAAUUAGAAGUCGAAAAUAUUAUAAAUUUAUCAUCUAAAUUAGAGAUUAAUGAGUCAAGUGCGAUUGAAGAAAUUGUACAUGGAAAUAAAGACUUCGAUGUAAAUGAUUUACUUA